ACAUGCCGUCCAGACUGAGGAAGACCCGAAAACUCCGGGGCCACGUGAGCAAGCACCGGAAGCACCCCAGAGGUCGGGGUAAUGCUGGCGGCAUGCAUCACCAUAGAAUCAACUUUGACAAAUACCAUCCAGGUUACUUUGGGAAAGUGGGCAUGAGGCAUUAUCACUUAAAGAGAAAUCAAAGUUUCUGCCCAACUGUCAAUCUUGACAGACUGUGGACGUUGGUCAGUGAGCAGACACGGGUUAAUGCUGCCCAAAACAAGACUGGAGCAGCUCCUGUCACUGAUGUGGUGCGAUCGGGCUACUACAAAGUUCUGGGGAAGGGAAAGCUCCCGAAGCAAUCUGUCAUUGUGAAAGCCAAAUUCUUCAGCAGAAGAGCUGAAGAGAAGAUUAAGGGAGUGGGAGGGGCAUGUGUCCUGGUAGCUUGAAGUUACAAAGGACGCUUCAUUAAAGGAUACA